UUUCGUUCGUCAAAGCAGCAAUCGUCGUCAAGGGGUUUCGAUGAUUUCAACGAUUUAUUUGCGACAAUAAAUAAUUCAUUGAUUGAUGAAGCGAUCGAUGCGUCCUUUGCUACGUGCAUAUUCCACAGUGUUCAAGCAUUCCAUCGACAUGAUCAACUCUGCUCUAAAGGCCGAGGUGAUAUUAUCAGAAAGUAAUCGUAAGGCUUGCAUCGAAAGAUUCAAAUCUAUGCUGUUUCCCAAGUUGAAGGACAAGGAUAUUCCAGAAGCUGCUGUUUUGAUCCCAUUAUGUUCCUACAAAGGAGAACUUGGUCUCUUAUACACACUGCGAUCCAUAAAACUCAGAUCUGGCGGAGGACAGGCAUCCUUUCCUGGUGGAAUGCGUGACAAGAGUGAUGCCGACCUGCAGGAAACAGCUUUGCGUGAGACCUGGGAGGAGCUAAGAAUCCCUAAGGAGAAAAUCGACGUGUGGACCACGGGAAACCUCAUCGGCAAGACGGACGUCAAUGUGAUGCCCGUCCUGGCUUACGUCGGCGAGGUGGUGCCGGAGGAAUUGGAGAUCAAUCAUGACGAGGUGGACGAGGCGUUCGUGAUCAGCUUGCAGAAGUUAUGCGACCCCGAGCUGUGUCACUUCACGUACUUCCGUCACGUCAAUCUCACCCUGCCGAGUUAUUCGGGCGGCAAAUAUCGCGUCUGGGGAUUCACUGGGGCCAUCACUCACUUUGUGCUCAAGUGUUUGGUACCGGAGGUCUAUAGACACGAGAUUCACGAAGUGCAGAGGCUCAGGAAGAAGGGAGAAACGAAAACGAAAAGAACUUUCGAGCAGGAUGCGACACGAUCGAAAAUGUGAUGACCGGAGUGUUGAACCUUUUAUGUGUUCACAAAUUGCGACGUUGUAGAUUAAUCAAAAAUUUUAUUAACAAAUAAUUCAGAUGUAUUUUUAUAACGUUACACAAGAGUUAAUAGAAUUCUUAACAAUUUUUGUUUAAAUUUUCGAGCGGUCAGUAUAGAACUUUUUGAGACUUGGAUUGUUGGUAUAACUUUAACAUACGGGAAUGUUACAAAAUUGUUGCAGUAUAUAUAUAUAUAUAUAUGCAAUAUAUAUAUCGUACCUGUAAUUUUAGUAGAUGUUAAGAGCAUAAAAGGAAAUUACUCUUAGACAUUUCUAGUUUUUAAUGUUUAAUUGGAAAUAAAACAAAUGUAUAUUUUU